AAUACAAUAGAUUUAGAAUUCACCGGUUUGAAGAUUUUUUGUGGAUAAAAUCAUUACAACAAUGAUUAAGUGGAAAUUAUGUAGGCAGCGAUUUGGAAAUGAGGAAUAUGAUAUAGUUGAAGGUACUAAUCUCACAAUCGGCCGGGGAUUCGACAAUAAAAUAAUACUUCCUAGUAUAGUUGUUUCAAGAAAUCAUUGUGUUAUAAAAGUUCAAGAAAAUGAAGUAACUAUAACGGACUUAAAGAGCUCCAAUGGUAUUUAUGUUGGAUUGAAAAAGAUUCCGCCUAAUGUUCCAAAAUCCCUUUGUAACAAUGAUUUAAUAGGAAUUGGAUGGACUUUUGGUGCACAAACAACAAACGUUAAGGAUAAUGAUAAAUAUGUGUUCAAACUAGUUGAACAAUCUCAAAACAUUCCAAUAAAAAAUAGAAUACAGUUUCAAAGUGAAGAAGAAUCAAAUGAUUCUAAAAUAUCAUUAAAGCGAAAAUUGAGUCUUGUUUCUAAAGAAGAAAGUAUUGAUAAUGAAAUAACUGAAACAUCUUUAGAUAAGGUGGAUGAGUCUAAAAAUGUUCUACCAGAAAUUAAUAGUGCCUCUCACCUAAAUGGCAAUAGUCCUGUAACAAAAUGGCGAAAAUGUGAUAAUAGAAAGGAGAACGUAAGUGAUGAUGGAAAUGUUGAAAAUAAUAAUUUAGAAUAUGAAGCCUUUUCUAUAAAACAGGAAUAUUUAGCAAAUGAUGAACCUAUACAAGUCGACAGUGAUAGUGAUAGUGAGGCAGAAAAUUGGAUGUUAAGACUUUCUCAAAGUUCUCCAGGUAAACCAUUUAUAAAAAUAGCAAGAAAAGAAAAGGAAACUUGUCCCGAAGAAACAUCGUAUAGCCAGUGGGAUGAUGAUGAUGUAAUUAUCACUGAAGAAGAAGUCUAUUCAGAUGAUUUAAUAACAAUACCUUGGGACAACACAGAGUCUUCCAACUGUAAUAAACAAAUUGGAGAUUUAGAAAGCUGCAAUAAACAACAAUUAAAUGAAAAUAACAUAGCAUCCACUGAAGAAUGCCAGGAUAAGGUUGAUACAAAUAUAGACUUAAAUUUACAUCGAAAUGAUUCUAGUCCAAAAAGAGUACAAGUUAUAGAACCAUUAAGUCAUCCAAGUAGAAAGAAAUCUCACAGUGCUGGAAGUAAAUCAAAAAGUAAAUAUAAGAAAGAAAGCAAAUCGAAGUGUAAUAAGUCAAUUUCAAAACAUAAAAUAAGUCAUACUCAAAAGGAAGAAAGAAAAAAAAAGUUAAAAGAACUUGCCAGUAAAGAUAAAGAGUCAGUUGAUUUUUUGACAAACUCUACAAAUACUCUUACUAAACCUGUUGUUAGUGUUAAAAACACAAAUUCCAAUCGUGGGGCAUUUUUAACGAACGCUGUAGAAGCAAGUAUUAAGUUAAAAAAGAGAAAAGAAAGUCCAAAACGAACAAAAAAUACAAAAAGCGUAAACACUGAAGAAAAUAUUUUGAGUAUUGAAGUGAAUAAAAAUGAGAAUAAGAUAUCUGUAGAAGAAGACAAACCAUCAAAAAUAAAAGAGUCUCGAAAGAGCAAAGGCAGAAGAAAAUCUUCAAGUAAACCACAAGAAAAAGAAAAGCCCAAAGAAUCUGUGACGAAAAAAGUUGUAAAGCUCACCGAUACCGACUUUUUAUUUUCUGGAAAGCCUAUUUCCAAAGUAGAACCUUUGCCACCUAAAAAGAAAGUACGGUUCUCUACUACGCCACCAGAUGUGCACGAAUUUCAAAUAGAACCUGGUAAUCAAUUGAAAAAAACAAGUACAAUUAAGACUACUCUUGUUGAUAUUCGGCAAAGCCCUGUGUUUUCUUUGGAAAAGAUUACUCUAAUGAAAGUUUUAAGGUGGAAUCCACACUGGUUGACUGAGCAAACAUCAAACCCUGAGCCUCCGCCUAUAUUAGGCCACCAAAAUACCCCAAUGGCUAUAUUGACUUCUUUUAAUAGCCAUAAACAAUAUGUGCAAUUAGUUGGUGAUUUAUUACUCAUGGAAAUAUGGGAAUGCUUAACUCAGUCAUUUAUAAGGUCAGCCAAUGAAAAACGUCUUGAAAUGAGGAUUGAGCAUUUGCCGCCUUUGCCACAGACUGAACGAUGUUAUGAACUGUUUAAUCUCAGUGUAAAUAUAUCAAUGCCAACAUCAGAGGCAAAGAGUGCAGUUAGAACCGGAGAAGUUUUAAUGGUAGAAUUCGGUCCUGAAGAAACUAAAACUUGUAGAUUCUUUUUUGUACAUAGUGUGAGAAUACUUCCAGCACCACCUUACAAUAAAAACACUUUUUUUAGUAUAGGGCUUCAUACAACAUUUACAGGAAAAAUGAGAAUGUUAAGAAAUGGUCAACUUUUGAUCGCUACAAGAUUAGCCUACAUACAAAAUGAACUGCAUUUAUUUGAAUCAAUGGAAUAUUUAUGUGGAUCUCCACUCUGCGAAGCCAUUUUGAAACCUGAACCGAAGCAUUUUCAGAUCAAUGAAAAUAAUACAUUGCUUAAAAUGAAUACACAAUGGACAUCAACAUUAAAUGAAAGUCAGAAGAGAGCAGUAAAAUUAUCGGUGUCAGCUGCACUUAAUGACCGACCCUUCAUACAAAUGGUGCAAGGUCCCCCGGGAACAGGGAAGUCCAGUGUAAUAUGUGCUAUUGUGAUGGCAUAUCUCUACGACACUGCGACAAGAGUCAGAGAAAGAGGGAAGCUAUUGAUAUGUGCAACGAGUAACGCUGCCGUCGAUGAUCUGGUCAUCAGGUUACUUAACAUCCGACAAAGUAUGCCAAAAGCGGAGCGGUUCCGCAUGGUGCGAGUGGGGCGUGUCGAGGCCAUGCACGGACGUGCACGAGAAGUCAGCUCGCAACAGCUGGCACACAGGGACGCGUCGCGGAGUGUGCCCGACGUCAACAACCAAGCAGUGCAAGAUGAGAUAUUGCAUCAGCAAGCAAAGAUAAAUAUGUGGAAGACUACGCUGUUUGAAACUAAGGACCCAGUAAGAAUGGCGUACUGUCAGGAGAAGAUUACGUUGGCAGAAAACAGGAUCAGACUGCUGCGCGGCGGGAUCGGCGGCGGUGGAGGUGACGAGUUGCGGCCCGACCGGCUCGCGGCGGCGGAGAAACGAAUCAUCGAGCGAGCGGACAUAGUCGUCACCACACUGUCAAGUUGUCACAACAAUAAAAUGAAAGGUCUUAAAGGUCGGAUCGCGAUGUGCAUCAUAGAUGAAGCGGGACAGGCGAUAGAACCGGAUACACUCGUCCCUCUCACACUUGACGUCACCAAGCUAACUCUCAUCGGAGACCCGCAACAGUUACCAGGCUUCAUUUGUUCACAGCGUGCAAAGAAACACGGUCUGGGUGAGAGUUUGUUCGCGCGACUGACGGCCUCCACCCAGUACUGGGCCAAGUGUCCCGUGAUUCUGCUGAAUGAGCAGUACCGAAUGCACGCGCAGAUAGCCGACUACCCCAAUCGAGCGUUCUACGGCGGCCAGAUCAUGACCCCGCCACGGAAACCCGUGGACUUGCCGAUUCCGCCCUACAUCAUCAUGGGCAUUUCCAGCGGAGACAAGGGACAAGGGGCGUCCGGUGCCAACGAAGUGGAGGCGUGUGGCGUUUGCCGAUUGGCUGCGGCACUGAGCUCAUUGACGACACCCCGGGGCCUGUCGCUGGCCAUCAUCACGCCGUACGCCGCCCACCGCGACCUCAUCAGGAAGUACCUCCGGACCAUGGUGGAUGCAUCGAGUACCAUCGAAGUUAACACGGUGGACAGCUUCCAAGGCCAGGAGCGCGACGUGGUAGUGGUCUCUCUGGCCCGCAGCCAUGGGCUAGGUUUCCUGUCGGACGCGGGCCGUAUGAACGUGAUGCUCACUCGAGCACGGCUGGCACUCCUCGUCUGUCUCAACCCACUCGCCGUCAUGAAAAACGAUCUAUGGCGGACACUAGUGGAGGACGCACAGAUGAGGGGCGUGUACCGCACGCUGCCGCAGACUGCGUGCCGGGCGCCGAGUGCGGCCCGAGAUGACCAACAGAUACUUGAAUACUUUAACGUUUAAUACCUCGUUGGGUAUAUUUUUGAUUUCAAUCAUCAAUCAACAUAAUUCCAGAAAAACGUUCCAAACCACAAUCAUAUCGAAAUUGAGUUAAACCCAAAACUGGUCACGUGAUUCAUAUUAACGGACUGACAAAAAAUGGCAGCCCUACUGUCACCUUUUAAAUGACAUCAUGUCUUAGGAGCCCAACCCACAUGUAUGGAAUACACUAGUAUUUACUUAACUUUAAAAAAGAAUUCCUUAAAAUGCGAUGUAUGUGGCUUGGAAUGUUUUUCAGGAACGACGUCCAAUUAUAAUCGUCAUGAUGUAGCUUUCAUGAAAAUGAUUUAAUUAAAUGUGUAUAUAAAAUUCGUUUAAGAAUAAUAACUUUUGAACACUAACGGCCUUACAAAUAGACUUGGCUUAAUGUUAUAUCAUAAUAUAAUAAGUCAAAAAUAAGCUGUCAAUACAAUGCUAAUCUGAAGUUUUUCGAAUGUCAGAUUUGCAAAUAAACGCGGGAAACGCGAAUAAGCAAAAUGUCUAUUUGUAAACAUCAUAUUCUGGGGUUAGUCUCAGGUAUAACUAUAUACCUAGUUUAUUUGUAAGGCUGCAAGUUUUCUGUAGAAUUAGGGUAUCUAUCGAAUGAUAGAUUAUUCUAUGCUUUCCACAUACAAAGAACGACAGCGGAAGAGAGCUAGAAAGAGAAAGAGUAGUGAGAAGCGAAUGAAAGAGAAGAGAGAUCUUUUGCUGGCAUUUAUUUGUCGGUGUUUUUUUAACAUGAUUUUUAUAAUGAGUUUUAGGUCCACUUUCCAGACGGUGCAAAGUAAUUUAAACUUAAUAUUGUUUUUGUCGAUACUUUACAUAUUGUUAGUAUACUUGGUGGAUUACGAAACUAAACGGCGUUACAUAACGCCAAAUGUGGCGGCCAUUUUGUUUCAAGCUUGAGGUGUCUCCAUUUAUGUAUGUAAAUACUCUAAAUUUUUAGGAAUGGUAUUAUUAUCUGAAUAUAUUAAAUCAAAUAACAUUGUGUAUUGAUUUUCCGAACAAUUGCCAUUUGUCAUAAAUUCUCUUUCAUUCCGAAUCCUGCGUGUAAUUAUGAUUUUUACAAUAUGGUAGGAUUUGAACCAUUCUAUACUAUAUAGGGGGGUGUAAAUUUAAACUCGCUUUUUUAACCAACACACGCACUAUAUUUGUUUUGAUCAGAAGGAUUUGUUAAUAUUACAUUUACAUUUAAACAACUCAUCCAUGUCUUGAUCGCGGGCAUUGAGACCUCAACGUUGUCUAUUCGUAAGGCCUGCGCAGAGAUCGAUGAACGCCAAAGAUAGUCGCGUUCCGACAACACAGAUGCUCUGAUUAAUAAUUUGGAUUCUUUACUACAGCAUUGCCAACAGGUGCGUGAAUUGGUUUUCUAUCAAUUUAGGCACUGUGGACGUAACUAGUCCUAGUUGAGCUUUGGAAUAAGCAAAGAUUGAAUAUUUAGUAUCUAACGUAAGAAAAAACAUUUUUGAGAAUUUUCAAUAGUAGUUUGGUAGUAAAAUGACGCAACCAAAUUUAACUAAAUUAACUUUAACACUAGUUCUUUAUUUAUUUAUGUUCAUAACGAAGUAGGCACUGCCUAAUUGCCUAUAUCAUAUACACGCCCCUGAUUGCCAAACAAUGGAAUAUUGAAGGAGUUUUUUCACAUCUUAUUUAGACCUUUGCAUCUGAAACCCAACUGAGUUGGGAUGAAUUUACUUGACGUCUUUACAGGACUUCGAAAGGUGUAACCCACGGCUAUGGGAAGAAAGAAUACCUCCAUCUUUUUUCUUACGAGUGCAUAUAUUCGCGCCAUAUAAUGUUUCGGCUAAUUUAAUUGAACUUAGAUCAAAUAUGCAGUAGAUAAAUACAGACUCGCGCGCACGGAAACCUGACAAUAAUAUAAGUGUACGAAUUGAAGACAGCUUCUAAAUAAAACGUGGGUUAUAAUUUGAAUUAAGUGUAACAUUUCACUGUGUACUUGUUGUUAUUAGGAUUCGAAUUAGUAUUUCUUCGAUUUUUGUAUUAUUAAGUUUAUUAAAUAACCUUCUUUAUUUAGGUUUUGUAAGGAUUAAACGUAAAGGACUUUGUCUGCGAGGAGGUAGAACAUUAAUAAAAACGUAUAUUAAGUGGUUUGUUACUUGGAACUCUUCCUUCUCAUUAGGUUAUAUGGAGUCGAAUCACAUUCACAGUGAUUUGUAAUUACGACAGAUGCUAAAGCACCACUUUGGCCCAUUCGUUGAUGUAGCUUAAAUAUUAUUAUUUGAACAACCAUGAUGUUCAACUGUGAAAAAAAAUGUUUUUGUUACAGUUUCUAGAUAAAAUAGAGACUGGUAGACUAUAGCGAUAAAUUCUAUGUCUAUGGUCCUGCACUAAAUAAACUCAAAAGCAUUUAUUGCCAAGGUGGGAGGGCGGGGCCACAUGUCAAUGGAGCAGAAUAGCCUGAAGGGCAAUUUCUGUUGUUAUCGAUUGCAUGAGCAUUGUUCAGUAUUUACAAUAGGUAUUCUUAAUUUUGUCAAGAAUAUGACGUAAACUCAUUCUUAACGUUGUCUUAAGAUACCAAAUAUGUAUUUCAGUUGAGACUCCACCUUAUUACUGCCCACUAAAUAAUUCCGCCGUAGAUUGUAAUUUAAAUUCAUCACACAUAUAUACCAAUGAGAUAAUCAUGCACAAAUACAGUGUUUGGGUAGUUAUUUUUCCAAUAGUAUUUUAUCAUACUGUGAUUUUUCGUAACAUAAAUAUAAAGAGGUAGGAUCUAUAUUUAUAUUUAAGACAGAAUGGAGAUAAUAUGACGAUGUGCUAAUCCGUAUUAUAUACAAUUUAUUUAAUAAUGAAAUAUACAGGAUGGCCGAGAAGUUGACGUCCAAAGCUAAAAUUGGAAAAGUGAUGAGUAUCCGAAUCACCCCUGUGUUAUGUUCUACGAUUUUGCGUAGUUUAGGAGAUCAUAUUCUUUUUCCCUUUUAUCCGCUUUUUUCACCUAAUUGUGGUUUAGGACUGUUUUCUAAUUUUUUUGAACACUUUUAGUUAAUUUUAUUGUUGAUAAUUAUUAACUACAGUUGCAAUAACCACAUAAGAAACUAUGAAUAGUUUAGACAAUGCGGAAUUAGUUUAAAAUUGAGUCGUAAGUUCAAGAUAACUGCUCCAGCUAAAUUCAUGAAAAUGUUCAAGGUCUCAAAAAUAAAAUAAAAUGGAGCCUAUGGCUUCUAACUAUUUUUAAAAACUUCCCAGAACAUUGGCCAAUAAAAUGUGCCAAAUUCAAAUUUUAGCUUUGGACGUCAACUUCUCGGCCACCUGUAUACAAUUAAUUUAAUAAUGAAAUAUAUGUUUUAUUUUCGCAUAGUGGCAUACUAUUGUGACCGAAAAUUAUUUCUGCCCGCGACCUUCUACUGUAUACACUUGUACUUAAGGUAUCCAAUUUGUAAGAUAUAUGUAUUGGUAAUAAUAAUUUUUAAUGUAAAUGGACAAAAUUACCUAUUGUACACUAGCAUUUCUUGGGACCGGUUUUAAAUAGUAAAUCGAUACCCUCUUUUCGUACGAAUCACCGCACGAAAAAUAUUUGGCAUCUGCUAAAUAUUAGGAAAACAUCACGGAGUUGAACUGUUGGUUUGUAACAAUGAGUACUUAAUCAUUAUUUUUAAUUAUUAAGUUCUCAUUAUAAAUUAUUUAAAAUAAAUAAUUAUUAAGCUUCUCUCCGCAUUUAAUCAUUUCGGUAAAGUAUUUUUUACUUUAUGUGUGAUUCAAUAUGAAGAUGUUUUUUUUGUUUGUGCAAUGCAUUUUGUAAAAUAUAAUCUUGAAAACUUA